UACUUGUAAAGAAAACUAUAGUUUCCUUUAUUUGAAUUUACGCGCGCAUAUAGCAACUCUUUGGUAGUUUAGAGUUUUUAAGAAAGAGUAAACUGUGACGGUCAUGACGCACGCCUUUUGUUAAUGUCAAAUAAGAAAAAUUUCUCUUUACAAAGAAUAAGUUAAUAUCUAAUUUUAAAUAAAAUAAGAAAUCGACACCGGAAUAAUAACAUUUAAUGUCGUUUCUUUGAUUUACAGAGAAACUCAAUGUGUUUAAUUGACGGUGCCGUAUAUCAAGCCACUAUAAAAUAAUAUUAUAAAACGACAUUAACUGUCACAAAAAUGGAGAAACUAAAAUUUACUUUUCAAAUUAAACCAACAGUGGACGGAAAGUCAAACUUCAUUGCCAUAACCUCAAUUGCCACACUAGAUGACAAAGUUUACCUGGUUCCUGAAGAGUAUCAAGCAAUAUCACUUCAUAAACAUAUUCAAGCCACGAAAACAUAUGUUACAUUAAAAAGUACAUUGAAAAAGAGAUAUCAAACUAGAAAUGUUUGGAUAAAAACAACAGAAGAAAUUUUAAAAACAUAUGUCGAUGAGGCUGGAAACAUGAUUUUUCAGGACCAAUUUCUAGAAGAAAUUAACCAAGAACAGUCACCAGCUGUGAGUAAAAUGACAUUAGAGGAUCCUAUAGUGAAAAUUUUGGAAAAAUUGGUUGAAGACAAACAGAAUGAAGAAAAGAAGAGUAAGAAAAAGUUAGCUGAAAGAUUUGUGAUUGAAAAAUUUAGCGGAAGAAAUUCAAGAGCAUGUCAGUGGAUGGAAGUAUUCGAAAAAGAAUGUGAAAGAUUUAAUAUUGUAAAAGAGGAAGAAAAGAUCGAAAUUCUCAGACUUUUUCUUGAUAAAACAUGCAUAGAUUGGUACUCCUCCAUGAUGAUAAAGUUUGGAUUACAAUCUGAGUGGUCAGAAUGGAAAUCAAGUUUUUUACAAACAUACACCAGUAAAGGUUGGACUGACAGCAAAUAUGCUUUGACUUUCAAGUACCAAACAGGAUCUUUGGUAGAAUAUGCAGUGAAAAAAGAAAGACUUUUAUUGGAGAUAAGAAAAACAAUGGAUGAAGGGACCCUAAUUGACAUAAUCGCAGUCGGCUUACCAGAUUUUAUAACAGAUAGGAUUAACAAAGAAGAAAUAGUUCAUGCUAAAGACUUAUUCAAUGAACUUGGCAGACUAGAACACUUGGUGCAAAAACGAAGAAUUAUAAAAAGAAAAGAAGAUAGUAAACCGGUUAGAGAAAAAUGUAAUAUCUGUGAUAAAUUGAAUAAAGGAGCCCGCUACCACCCAGAAGAUUCUUGUUGGUUCAAACCAAAAUUGAAUACGGAAAAAGAUAAAAAACAGAUAAAACUUAUCAAUAAUUCAGAGUUGGAAUGUGAAUUGCAGUACGAAGACCAAAAAAACUAAUAGUGCCGCCAUUGAUCAAGAUAAAAUUACUACUAAAUAAAAAUAUUGAAGUAUCAGGGAUCUAUGACUCUGGAUCUAAUGUGUCAUUGAUAAACUCAAAGAUAUUAAAGAUAAAGCAAAACGAAGGCACUCUUUCAAAUGAUACUAAUCUAAAAACGAUUAAUGGCGUCAAAAAAGCUAUCGGAAUAAUUUCACUGGACAUAGCCAUCUUUGAUAUUGAGAAAAAAAUGAAUGUUUUUGUGAUAGAUAACGAAAAUUUUGAUUAUGACUUUUUAGUGGGACUAGAUUGUAUACAAGAAUUUCAUCUAGUUCAAGACGAAAAUCUGAAAAUUCAUCAAAAAUUACCUACACAAAACAAGGAAAAAGUUUCUAAGGAAACAAAUACCGAUAUUGAUUCUAAGGAAUUAAAAAUGGAUAAUAUCAUAAACUACAAUGAAAGUUUUAAAACAGAAGACUUUAGAAUUUGUAUUAAUCACUUGAGUUUUGAGGAACAGACAAUAAUUGAUGACUUAAUAACAGAAAACCAGUCAGUGUUUGCGACGGACAAAUAUGACAUUGGAAAGGUAAAAGGUUAUGAAGCACACAUCGAUCUACAAGUAGAAAAAUAUUGCAGUAAAAGACCAUAUCGUUGCACAGUGGAAGACAAGAAAGAAAUCGAAAGCCAAAUAGCAAAACUACUGGAAAAGAAUAUAAUAGAAGAAUCAUAUAGCCCAUUUGCAGCGCCUGUUACAUUGGCCUAUAAAAGAGAAGAAAACAGAAAAUCAAGACUGUGUAUAGACUUCAGAGAUUUAAAUAAGAUUGUUGUACCACAGUCACAGCCCUUCCCGCUCAUCGAGGACUUAAUAGUAAAAACAAGAAAUUGUAAGUAUUUUUCAACGCUGGACCUUAAUUCUGCUUUUUGGUCCAUACCACUGCGUGUCACAGAUAGACACAAAACUGCAUUUGUGACACAAGAAGGUCAUUACCAAUGGACCUGUCUACCAUUUGGAUUGAAGACCGCUCCAGCCAUAUUCCAAAGGAUAAUGUGUAAUAUUAUACGGAAGCAUAAUCUUGGAGAGUUCACAGUAUGUUUCAUUGAUGACAUUCUGUUGUUUUCGAAGUCAUUCUCGGAUCAUAUAAGAUAUCUGAAGCAGUUAUUUCAAGCAAUUCAAAGCGAAGGUAUGAAACUAAAAUUCUCUAAAUGCACAUUUGCAGCCGAUUCAGUAAAAUACUUGGGGCAUGUAAUCCAGAAUAAUUCAGUCAGACCUCUGAAAGAUAAUUUGAUAUCAAUUAAAAAUUUCCCGAUUCCAAAAACUCAAAAAAAUGUGAGACAAUUUUUAGGAAAGAUAAACUUUUACCAUAAAUAUGUGCCAAAUAUUGCAAUAAAAUUAGAACCACUACAUAAUCUUUUGAGAAAAGGACAACCUUUCAUCUGGACUGACAAAUGUCAAGAGUCAUUUGAAGAAAUGAAACAUAUAUUAUGUUCCCAACCAAUAUUAACAAUUUAUGACCCAAACUUACCUAUUCACAUAUACACAGAUGCCAGCAUAUUAGGAGUAGGAGCAGUUCUGAAACAAAAACAAAAAAACAACGAAGAAAAACCUGUAGCCUACUUUUCAAAGAAAUUAAAUGAAGUGCAAAAAAGGAAGAAGGCUGUGUAUCUGGAAUGUCUGGCAAUUAAAGAAUGUGUUCAGUAUUGGCAACACCUACUAAUAGGCAGAAAAUUCACAGUCUUUACAGAUCACAAGCCACUGGAAAAUAUGAACAUAAAAUGCAGAACAGACGAAGAGCUAGGUGACUUAACUCAUUAUUUAUCGCAAUAUGAUUUCCAAAUUAAAUAUUCUCCAGGAAGAUAUAAUGUUGAAGCAGAUUGCCUGAGCAGAAACCCGGUUCUCGAACCAGAAGAAAACUUAGAAGAACAGCUAAAAAUAGUAAACAUGAUAACAAUAGAAGAUAUUUUACAAGAUCAAAAUCAAAAUGAAUAUAUACAAAGCAAGAGAGAUAAGUUAUAUACAAAAAACAAUGUGUAUUACAAGAAAGUAAGAGAAAAAGAAAAAAUUAUUAUAUCAGAGAAAUUAAGCAUAGAGCUCAUGAAGAAAAUACAUUCAGAUCUAAGCCAUAUCGGAAUUAAACAAAUGCAAAAAAUGAUAAGCACUGUGUAUACAGCAGAGAACAUGACGAAAAACAUAAAAAUAAUUUGUGAAAGCUGCACAAUAUGCAUAAAGAAUAAAUCAAGAGGAAAAAAUAAAUAUGGAUUAAUGUCACAAUUGGGGCCCGCCAAAAAACCAUUUCAGAUAUGCUCCAUCGAUACCAUUGGAGGCUUUGGAGGAUCCCGGUCAACAAAGAGAUAUUUACACCUAUUAUCAGAUCAUUUUACAAGGUAUGCAUACAUACUAACAUCCAGUACACAAAAUGCAAAUGAUUUUAUCAAACUUAUAAAAAGUUGUACAGAAUGUGAUGACAUAGAAUUGAUACUCUCGGACCAAUACCCAGGUAUCAACUCAAGAGAUUUCAAGAGUUUUUUAGAUGAGAAGAAUAUACAAAUCAUAUUUACAGCAGUAAACUCACCUUUCUCGAAUGGUUUGAAUGAGAGACUAAACCAAACGCUGGUUAACAAAAUCAGAUGUAAAAUAAAUGAACAAGAUACAAGAAUGGCAUGGACGACUGUGGCACACAAUUGUGUAAAGAAAUACAACGAGACAGUGCACACAGUUACUGGAUAUGCUCCGAAAUACUUACUUUAUGGCACAGAUGUCACUAUUUUGCCAAAUGAGCUAAAACAGGAAAAAACUAAACAUGAUUUAAUCCAAGAUAGGAGAAGAGCUCUAGAAAACUCAAUCAAAUCACAUAAUUAUAAUAAGACAAUUUAUGAUAAGCAUCGAAAAUAUAUAGACUUCAACGUAGGAGACACGGUUUUUGUGGAAAACGGGAACAAACUCAACAGGAAAAAACUUGAUGAACUGAAAAUAGGACCCUACAAGAUUAUAGAAAAAAUAUCUACAUCAAUAUACAAGAUAAACACUGACCACAAGAGAUCAGAGUCUAACUACUUCCACAUAUCGAAGCUCACACCGGCUCCUGCUAUCUACGUGUGAAGAGUGUAUGCCGGGAACAUCAACCUCAUUGUUUAUAUUCACUUUUACUCAUUGUUUAUCUCUUUUGGGGGGGAGAUGUAAAGAAAACUAUAGUUUCCUUUAUUUGAAUUUACGCGCGCAUAUAGCAACUCUUUGGUAGUUUAGAGUUUUUAAGAAAGAGUAAACUGUGACGGUCAUGACGCACGCCUUUUGUUAAUGUCAAAUAAGAAAAAUUUCUCUUUACAAAGAAUAAGUUAAUAUCUAAUUUUAAAUAAAAUAAGAAAUCGACACCGGAAUAAUAACAUUUAAUGUCGUUUCUUUGAUUUACAGAGAAACUCAAUGUGUUUAAUUGACGGUGCCGUAUAUCAAGCCACUAUAAAAUAAUAUUAUAUACUUAUAGUUGUUAGCUGAAGAGUUUGUUUGUAUGUUUAUUUAAAUACGUUAAUCUCUGGAACUGCUGGCUUGAUUUGAAUAAUUAUUUUUGGGUUGGAUAGUGCAUUUAUCGAGGAAGACUAUAAGUUAUAAAACAUCGCACUAUGACCAAUAGGAGCCGAGCAGAGUGGUUGAAACCUCGCAGAAGUAGCUAGUUUUUUAAUGAACCAUACCGUCACGCUAGGAUUUUCUCCUGUCGCAGCCGUGCAGUCAACAGUUGUGGCCUCUU